GCAAAUGGGACUUUAUUGUACCGCACAUUUGUGAGAAUUCAAUUGCUAAAUUUUAGGCAGACAUAAAGAACGAGUUUUUACGUUAUUCACAAAAUCUUACUCAGGCUGUCAAGAUAGACCUAUUGAAUUUACAAUCCGGCACGAGACCAUCAACCAACGCGCUGUGUAUUUCUGGAAGUAAUUCACAUUCAACUCUUCCUUAAAACUAUGUCUAAAAAGUUUAGCUGUAUUGUAGCAGUUUGUGAAAACCGCGGUAUCGGUAUCAACGGAGAUCUACCAUGGAAAUUGAAGCAAGAACUGAAAUACUUUUCCCGAACAACGAAAAAGGUGGAAGAUGCUGGCAAACGAAAUGCAGUUAUAAUGGGAAGAAAGACCUAUUUUGGCGUUCCUGAAAGCAAGCGGCCAUUGCCUGAUCGUCUGAAUAUAGUUUUAACGCGCAAUGCUUCGGCAUAUGCAUUUCCUCCAGAUGUGCUUGUUUGCGACAGUCUUCAAGAAGCAUUGCAUAAGCUUGAUUCCACGAAUGUUGGGGAGGAUAUCGAAAGCAUUUGGGUUGUGGGUGGUAACAGCGUGUACCAAGAAGCGAUGGAAUCUGAUCGUUGCCAUCGUAUCUAUUUGACGGAAAUCAAAAAGCGGUUCGAAUGUGAUGCUUUCUUCCCCGAAAUGCCAAAAUCUUUUAUGGUUGUGGACAAUGAUGCAGAUAUUCCGAGUAAUGUGCAAGAAGAAAACGGAAUCCAAUAUGUGUACAAAAUUUAUGAGAACAAACACUAAAAAACAGCGUUUCGCUGAUCAAGAGGCAACUUACGUUCCAUUGCCAUCGAUUAUCGCUUGGCUUCUUGCAAAAGUUCGUACAAUUGUGCUAUCUGUUCAUCGCGAAAAUGGUUAAGCUGACUUUCAGUUAAAUCUUCUCCUAGCAUUCCAACCGGUCCAGGUUUUCCCCGCAAUCCUAAUUGCUGUGCCAGAUUGAUUGCAUAUCCCUAAUAGAAUUAGGAAAAAAUAGUAUCACCAUGUCGGAAAAUCGUAUGGUGAAUCUUCUUUUUGAUACAAAUAUAAAUUAUCUAUCAAGCAUUAACUUACAGCCCAUUCGCUCAUAAAUUUUUGACUUUCGGUUGGAGAACAAUUUUUAUGCCGUUUGAACUCGUCUUUUACGUAGGUGUUGCCGAGCUCCUGCAGUGCCUCCGGUAAUCCUGGCGAAUAAAAGCCAAUUGUAUAUAUAAAGCA